ACCGGAGGUGAAGCCUGUAGUCCGGCAGAAAAACAAAAGUCGGCCCCUCCGCCGUUGAUUUAGAGGUUUUUCGAGCGAAGGAGAAGAAAAAAGGGAAGCUAUGCUAGCCGGAAUUUCGAAGAGCGCUAGUAGAAAAGGGCUAUCCGCUUGUAUUUACGCCGCCGCAUCUAAUCGCCUUCAUCAUAAUGUGAUAGCGGAUUGUCUUCUACAUGACUUUGGUACGAAUUCUAGUGCUACAACUCACUUGUUGUAUCCUAAGACAAGAUACAUGAGUUUCCUCUCUCACACAAUGUGCACAUAUAAAAGAAGUUGCAAAUGGAAUGAACCUCUAGAAGCUUCCUCUACUGCUAAUGCUUUAUUUUUCAAGUUUUCACAUGGAAAACAUAAUCCCACUUUAAGAUUCCUACAUGCUAGAAAUGUUAGCAAUGCAUCAAUCCAGCUGAAGACGGAGAAUGGAAACAUGAGGUUUUGUAUAGAGGAACCACUAAAUAAAAGUGAGCCUCAAAAGAGAGGGAGAAAAAUAUUCAAGCGGGUGAAAAUGUCAAAGAAGGCAAAAGUAAAUGAGCUUCGAUUUUAUCGUUUAAAAGCAAAGAGGAAAAUGAACUCUAAAAAUCCAGAGGUCAGGAUUAGAUACAAACUUGACAAGGCUAAGAGGAAGGAAGUCUGGUUGAUUGAAAAACUAAAGAAGUAUGAAAUACCUAAAGCUAAACAUGAAACAUAUGAUCCUGAAAUUUUGACAGAGGAAGAGAAGUUUUACCUGAAACGUAUAGGUGAGAAAAAGAAAAAUUAUGUGCCAGUGGGAAGGAGAGGCUUAUUUGGAGGGGUUGUUCUCAAUAUGCAUCUUCAUUGGAAAAAGCAUGAGUCUGUAAAGGUCAUUUGUAAACCCUGCAAGCCUGGACAAAUUCAUGAAUAUGCUGAAGAGCUCGCACGGUUGAGCAAUGGCAUUGUGAUCGACGUCAGACCUGAUAAUUCCAUAAUAUUUUAUCGUGGAAAAAAUUAUGUGCAGCCAGAAGUGAUGUCACCUCCAAAUACCUUAUCUAAGGACAAGGCCUUGGAAAAAUACAGAUUUGAACAGUCCUUGGAUCAUACAAGUCAGUUCAUCGAGAAGUUGGAGAAGGAGCUUGAAGAGUAUCACAACCAUGUCGCCCAGUACAGGAAAGAGAAAGAGAAAGAGACAGAGCUAUGAAAAUGCAUCAUAUAAGGAAUUCCAUAACUGCCAAGGCUAAAACUGGAAUCAAUUUGCAAAAGUUGUUUCCAACUCCAACAAACAGAAGCAAGGCCUAUAACUCAGAAUUAGUUGUCAAUGCUUCAGAGAAUCGCUUAAUCAGGGAAUUUAACAGUUUGAAUCAGAUCAAACAUUGUUCAACUCUUGUGAAAUGGCUUUUUGCUUGGAGAGUCAAUUUCUAAAGCCCAACUCCAGGUUCCAUUAGCAUUACAUACAUGUAUAUGGCAUUUCAUCAAUCAAUUUUAGUACUGUCUUUGAAACACUCCUCGACAAUUAUAUUUUUGUUGCUCAUGAAAGUCUUCUCCAUAUGUGUAUUUUUUGUCCUUUCACACUUGAAGUAUGGACGUUGCUAAGAUGAUUAGAAUCCCUUAAGCAUGCUCACAAGGAAUCCAUUUUGAUGUUUUAUUUUAAUGAUUCUGUUGAUGUACUUUUUUAUUGUUUUUGCUCUUAAUUGGAAGUCACUUGACAUUUUGAGAUAAUUU